AACAAAAAAUGUCUUCUCGAUCUACAGGAAGCUUUGAUGAAAUAUCACAGUACAUCCAACGUCUCCGAGAGGAACGCCGUCUCACAGAAUCGUCGAUUCGAAAAAUGGAAAAAGAGAAAAGUGAUUUGAAUGAGAAGAUUGAUGAGCUGACGACAAGAAAAUGCUCCGUAGAUGCACGUCUUCAAGCUGAGAACGAGAGAGCUGAGCGCCAAGAUAGAGGUCUCAAAGAGGCGGAGACGACGUAUGCAAAACUAGUCGAAUCGCAAAAGACGUUGGUGGACUUUGUGCGCAAAGAGUAUCAGGAUACGAAACAUCAGAAAUAUUGAACUCUGAACAACUGUCUCCCAAAAAUGCCUGUAAAUAUAUCAAUUAUCGACAUAACUUCACUUAACUUCUACAAAUACGGUCUCAUUUUUUGUAUUUCACUUUACUUCCGAUCUGUAUUUCAAUUAUUACCAAAUUCUCUGUUGAUCUCUCCGAUGAUCUCUUUUCUAUUGUACAUUUUUAUUUAAUUCUUUCUGCAAAAGAGAUUUAAAUCCU